UGUUUUCCACGGCAAACGUCAAAUUAAUUUACUGCCCAUUGAUAACGCAAGGUACAAAGAUAAUGCGAUUUCACCACAGAUUAGUAUGAUAAAAGCGUUUGGCCGUGAUACGCGCAUGAAAUGUUAUUAUUGGAAGUCUGAAAUGUUCGUGUAUAUUUUUAGUGCUGCCGUGUUAUUGCCCUAUGUGGCCCCCGAAAGCUGUUACUUCAAGCAAUGCCUCGGCUGCCGUCCCGAGGACAUCUUCUCCCCCGGCACCCCCAUUGAAUGCCACCCCUCCAACUGGGCGACCCCCGAGUGGAUCUACAACCACGGCCAUCCACCCCCAUCCACCGCUUCCAGGGUGCCUAUUGAGUACAGAUGUCUGAAGUUUGUCGCGACACCCGAUGACAAAACAUUUGGCAACACAGUAGACAUCCUGAAGGGCUGUGUCCCUAAACAACAAGCUGAUUCAGUCUGCGUUGGUUUGGAAUCGGUUGAAAGGGCUCGCGGACACAGUGACGCGCGAUGCUACAUCUGCAACCGUAACAACUGCAACUCCGCGCGCCAUGUGCAUGUGACGAUCACUGUACCUCUCAUAUCAGUCACAUUGUACUACGUCUUCAGGUGAAAUUAGUAACUAUAUUACGCGAGCCACUUGCUUGUGACGCUCACUGCACAUUUAGUACAGUAAACACGCAAUCAUUGCAAAAUCGCACCCGCCACUUUAACCACCCCUAGUCAUGCGAAAAUCCUAGGUUUGCACAUGGUUACACCCGUCAUAUGAUUAAGUUAGGUAGGUACGUACAGAUACAUGGAUAUCUGGUAUGAAAGACAGCUCCUGAAAACCUUGAUCGCCGUUGGGUAAGUAUCCUCGACAUUCUCCGGCAAAUAAAUGGUAGGUAUUUUGUUAGUAACAAACUGUAUAUAGAUAGUAAUUUGCUUUCGAAUUAAAUUCAAUAUUAUAAUUUAUUCCCCACAAUGUGAAAUAAGGGUAGGUAGGCGGUUGGUUGAUGA